AUGAAAUGGCGACUAGAUGAUCCUCCGAAUGUAAAUUCGACAGCUCACCUCGUAUUUGAGACCGUUAAUUCAUUCCUCCAACACUGGCCAAAUACACGCAUGCGCAAUGGUCAUAAUAUUGUGCCGGGGAGCGUACCGCCUGGAACACUCUUAUACCAUGGAACCUGGCACUCCGGCCUUCCACCCGGCCCAGAAUGGACCGCAACCGACCCGGAGCACUCCAUUUUGUUCUGUAGGAAUACCAAUGGAGAGGAUGGGUGCUGGCACCUCACUCUCAUUACAACGCGGCCUCUCAAAGUCGUAUAUUUCGAUGGAAGCAGUGCUGCCAAGGGCCCAUCUGGGAUGAUGGAUACCCAGGAUAUCAUUGCGUGGGGAAAAGUCCAGCCGGAUUGGGCAUAUGAAGAGCGGGACAGGAUCGAAGCCUUGUGUGAAUGGGGUAGAGAAUAUGACGUCGACGGGUUUGUAAGCGAAGUCAUGCUCUGCAACUUCACAUCCAGCGUCCGUGUUGUCUCCUCCCUGACCCUUGCAAAACCCGGAACAAGUCCGAAAGCCUCCCGUAUGUUUGAAGCAAUAUAUGCCGGAUCACAGCACAACUGCUAUCCAGGAGAGACACGCGUCCAGCUUGAUUUAUCCGGCCUCGUUUCUUUCUACGAUACGGAACUUGUGCCGUCUUUGGUCCCUGCCCGCUUUGAGACGGAAAGAUGGACCCACCCUCGUCUGGGAGAGGUCCUCUCUAGACCAGCAUAUCGAUCUGGUAGUGGCAUUGAUUGGCUUGCUUUGAUCCGGGUGGUCGUUGAUCGAUAUUCGGAACGUCUCGAGUUCGUCCAUUACCUCCUCAAUUCGACAGGCCCGGACUCCAGCGGCUCCGAUAAUAUUACGGACACCGCCAUGAAGACGCAGGUGCAGCUAGGGAACAUGCUGGCGCCUUAUAUCCUUGUCGAUGUUGCACCACCUUCGACUCUUUCAAAGACCAAGGAAGCGGGCCCAGCGUAUAGAUUGUGCGCGACGACGCAUACAGGUAUGUUAAAGGGUGGCGCCAUGACGUCUUCGGAAAAGCUGUUAUUGAAUGCCGUGCACGAUACGACGCGGGAGAUUUGUCGCAUAUGGAAGAAAGACAUCGAUGAGUUGAUGGCGUGGUUGGACUGGAAUGCGUGGGUGAAGUGUCGGCCCGCAUGUGGUCCAGAGUCGGUUUCCCGAUGCCUCACGGGCCUUCGACCCCGGCACCCCGAGAAUGGAGAUCCCCGCUCGCCUUCACCUUCACAGCCACCGCCUGCAGAGGACUGGGAGAGGCCGCAACCGAGGUGCAUACGUCGAGUGGAUCCAUAUACCAUAUGA